AUGAACCAAGACAGUCACAUGACUUAAAAAUGGCCGCCCCCAUGGACGAAAAUUCGAAAUUGUUGAGUUCCAAUUCAAGCUCAGACUCUGAAUUUCGAGUAUACAGAUGUCGAUGGUUUAUACUGAUUGUCGUAUUCCUUUUGAAUUUAACAAAUGGAAUGAUAUGGAUAACAUUCUCUCCAAUUGCUGAUACAGCUGUCCCUUAUUAUAGUAUUACACCAUUUGAAUUGAACAUCCUUGUACUAGUGUUUGCUAUAGCAAGUGUACCAUUUGGAUUUGUUGCUUCAUGGGUGCUAGAUACUCUUGGUCUAAGGCUCAGUUUGAUACUAGCGGGCUGGUUAAAUGGCGUUGGAAGUUUUCUUAGAAACGUCAGUACGUUUGACAUUGUUCCUGAUGAUACAAGAUACACAUGGUGUCUGGCAGGUCAGAUUUUAGCAGCUUGUGCCCAGCCUUUUAUCAUGUUUGCCCCAACAAAGCUAGCAGCUCUGUGGUUUGCCGGGGACCAGCGUGCUACUGCAAAUAUGAUAGCAUCAAUGGCAAAUCCAUUAGGUAUUCUGGUAGCUAACCUGCUGGCACCAAAUGUAGUACAGCAACAAAAAGACAUAUCAUUACUUCUUUGGAUAAUCACAGGGCCAUCAUUGCUGGUGAUGUUUAUGGCAACAUUUGGUAUAUGUAGCUCUGUGCCUCCUACACCACCCACCUCAAGUGCUGAAGAAAAAUCAGAACCAUUCUUUGAAGGGCUGAAACAGAUUUUGAAGAACAAACGUUACUGGUUCCUGAAUUUUGUAUUUGGUACCGGGCUUGCUCUCUUCACAGCGUAUUCUUCAUUCCUAGAUCAGAUGCUUUGUCCAAGAGGCUACACUGAUACAUUUGCUGGUGUAUGUGGUGCAUUAAUGAUAGGAACUGGUGCUAUAGGAGCAGUGUUUGCUGGGAUAUACGUAGAUAAAACUAAACGUUUUGAGGAGCUAGUUAAAGUUUGCUGGUGUUUCAGUUGUCUGUUUGCUGUAGCAUUUUCACAGGUUGCUAGGUUACGUGAUCAGGAAGUUUUAGUUGCUUUAAGUACAGCAUUGUUUGGAGGUUUUGGCUUUGCCAUAUAUCCUAUUUGUAUGGAGUUAGCUGUUGAAGUUACCUACCCUGUUGCCGAGGCAACCAGCGCAGGUCUUAUGGUCAUUUCUGGGCAAGUUCAGGGAAUAAUUUACAUAUUACUGAUGCAGUUUAUUGCCCAAGAUUUAUCACAAGAAGAGUUGAAUAAAGGAACUGGAUGUAGCUUGAAAAAUGCAAAAGCUAAUGAUUUUACUCCGCAAGACUGGACAGUUCCAAUGUUGUUUGCCAGUGGUGUUGCUGUUUUCUCGUUGCUCAUUUUGAUGUUGUUUUUCAAAGCGGAAUACAGACGUAUGAAUGCUGAACAAAGGCUAGCUGCUGAGAAGAUAAUGAAUCAGACUAUUGAAUUCCCACCACCAGAACUAGCCACUUAGUAUAUAUGUGUUAUAGGUUGUUAGUAACAAUUUUGUAAUGUAUCUGAGUAAAAUCAUUUGAAGAUAUAUACCAUAUUCAAACAGAGAUACACUGUUGUGUGAAAAUAUCAUAUUUACGGGUUUAAGCAAAUUUUGUUGAAGUAUCUGGCUUAGGAUAUCUUUUGUAAAUAUAAUGUCAGUUACAACAAAUACUUUUUUGUGAACCAAACAUGUGCAUUGGCUCAUAUGUACUCCAUGUAUUUUGAUCAAAAACUUCAAAUGAAUGUAUGUUCAUUAAUCUAACAUGUGAAAUUUUCAUAAAUCCUAAAUGUGAUUUGGUUCAAAAACCUUACAUGUAUGUCUAUUCAUAAGCCCUGUUCAUGUGCUAAGGUUCAUGAACAUACAUGUUAU